AUGGGUGCUUGCUGUAGCUCCAGUUCUGAGCCGGAACAUACAACCCUCGAGAUGGCAUCCAAUCCGCAAUACAAGCUCUCCCAUGAGCAGAUCGAUCAUUUUAUGCGUCACGGAUUCGUGCGCAUACCGCAGUGUUUCACUCAGAAAAAAGCAAAUGAAUGGGCCGGUGAUGUAUGGAAAAGACUCGGCGUCUCGCCAACAGACAAGUCGACAUGGACCGCCGAAAUCACGCACAUGGGUGAUACCAAGCAAGAACCUGUCCGAAUCUUUGCGCCAAAGGCGUGGUCCGCUAUCUGUGAACUUCUCGGUGGUGAGGAUCGCAUCGCACCGGAAUCGGCUACAUGGGAUGAUGCUUUCAUUGUCAAUCUUGGCUCGCCUGAGUCUGAGGGUACUUGGCCCAAUCCUGCGGAUCUCUGGGGAUGGCAUGUGGAUGGAGACUUCUUUACUCAUUUCCUCGAUUCGCCUGAGCAGGCUUUAUUGGUGAUUCCUUUGUUUACGGAUAUUCGGGAACGUGCAGGCGGCACUAUGGUCUGUUCUGAUGCAAUGAAAUUCAUUGCUCAACAUUUGUACGACCACCCUGAGGGUGUGACGCCAUUUAUGCUUCCUCGCGGUCAAGAACCCGAUGGAAAUCCCAUGGAUACGCCCUUCUACUCUGAUAUUGUCAAGAACUGCAGCGAGUUUCAUGAGAUGACUGGCAAUGUCGGCGAUGUCAUUCUUCUCCACCCUUUGAUGUGCCACUCCAUCGCAGUAAACAGCUUGAGGCAACCUCGUGUCAUAACCAACCCACCAGUCUCAUUGAGACGGCCUUUCAACUUCGAUCGGGAUGAUGGGAACCAAUAUAGUCUCGUCGAGAAGAAAACGCUCGACUUGCUGAGCAAAGACAGGCUUCCUGGUUGGAGGAUUCGGGGACAGCGAGAACUUGUUGUUCCUGAGAGACUCAAAUGCAUAGAUUAA